GCGCCACACAUGCACACAGCACGGAGCUGAGAGAGAGAGCCAGUUGGCUCACGUCCGUUCACGAGAGCGGACGUGUUUUUGAUCAUUUUGGGCUUUUUCAUUUUUUCUCUCUCUGGGGAGUUUUAGACAAAAAUAAAAAAGUUUCGUCGACUAAGAAAAUCACGACGUUCAGUGCCAUUCCUGGAAAAAUUAAUUGAAAUUAAUUUUGGCGACUAGUGUGCGAAAAACGGGAAAACAAACUGUACAUUUCUAGCGCGCCAAAUAAGGAAUGAGUUGAAAGGCAACUAUAAAGGGGAAAAGAAGAUAAGAGUCGAAAAAAUGUUGAGCAGUAAGCUCAAAUCGUGGAUGGAAUCUCAUCUGACGCGGAAGAAAUCAUCCGGAAGCAAUAGUAAGAAAUCGGCUUCCGGAUAUCACGGCGGAGGAGGAGGGACGACAACCACCAGCAGCAGUGGUAGCUACAAAGAAUUGUCGCCAGCUGAUAGGAUCGCUCAUCCGGCUUCCAGUCUCGUCAAUCUUGUUCCAGCUGUCCCGUUGUGCUCGACGAGCGGACGCAGUAACGCCGGAUUGGUCAUCCGCCUCCAAAACGAUUUCAGAGAGCAGCAGCACUCGUCCGCCCAGUCGCCGUGUCAUCUCGUCCGCCAUCAGCAACAUCAUCAUCAUCCGUCAUGGACCCGAAGUCCGGUCAUGCUGGCCUGGAAUACCAAAAUUCCACCACCAACACCAACCAUUCCACUCAAGGAUCCGCCCAUUUCUCCGCCUCCGUCGUCUUCCAGUUCCACCAUAAUUCAGCAGAGCGGAGAACCUUCGCCGACUGGGAGCGACUGGACGUCCAAGAGCUUCGCGGAUGAGAGCGGAAUCGGCGGAAGCCGGACAGACAAUCGAGAAGGAUCGCUGUCGUCCAGCAGCAAGGCCAACACGACGACGGGCUCUUCCAUCGGUACGGCGGAUUUCCCCCACCAUCAUCAUCAUCACGAGUCGAGGCGGAUGAACGCUCCUUCGCUGUCGUCGCCGGAAUCGGCUUACUCGACCGGAUGUUCGGCUGAUGGAGUCUCACCCAGUCAGGACGGAAUGUUCGAUGCCAAUUUCAACCAGCCGCUGACGGCCUCCGCCGCUCUGCUGCUCGAUCCGGUUUGGAGGAGGUCGACGCUGGAAGCGGAUGCGUCGGGAUCCAAUUCGACGUCGUCAACGCAAUCGCCGAGAACGAGGCCGGCCAUUCGCACCAAUCCUUGGCUUCCGGUGCGAACCAGUUUGACGUCCGCAGGAUCGACAACCGGAUCCGAUCGGGUCUCGUGGAUGACCGACUCGACGCCGGAAGCGGCGCUAUCCGAGAUGUGUCCGCCGCCCGUCAAAGAAACGGAUAUCGUGGCCAGCAGCAGCAGCAGCAGCAGCUCACAGGAAGAAGAGGACAGCGAUCCGGUGGCGGCGGCCAUGGCCGCCUGUGCAGCCAACGACGAGCUGGACCAAUUAUGCGAUUCGCUCCAGUUGCUAAUGGAUGGCGAUCGUUUGCGAGUCAUCACCGCCAGCGGCGCUCAGCCAAUGAAAACGACGGUGGCGCCACUUGCGGCGGCGUACCACCAGAGUCCGGCGCCGGAUCGACGUCGUUGGGAGGCCACUGCAGUGGAUGUCGACGAUCAGUACACGCUCCUCAUCCGGCAGACUGAAGAGAUUCUACUUCAAUUGGAAAAGGACGAAUUGCUUCUUGCCAGCCGGAAGAAUCUCAACCAGGCGGAAGAAAACGAGUUAUCGCAUCCUGCAAAGAGUAGCUCAGUGCUGCUUCAUCCGGUUGUUGUCAAGGGUAGUAACAGCAACAAUAACAACAACAGCCGUCCGUGCUCUGCAUCUUCCGCUUCCGGCUUGCAGCCCCAGCGGAGGCGGUUGAGGAAAACGGCGGCAUCCAGGAGACGUUGCAGCAGUUCCAGCCGGAACAGCGCCCUCGUCUACUCUUCUUCCUCUUCUUCCAGUUCGGAAUCAUCCGAUUGCGAAUAUUUGGAUAGCAACAACAGGCGGAUGCUCUUGGCAACGACGUCGGCAUCCGACUGGAACGCCAGUCGACGUCCCCGCAGCGUCAACCGGAAUAACAGUUUUUCAUCCAGCAGUAAAGGAAUCACCCCUCGUUUUGCCUCGCGCCAAAACGUUCGAGUGCUUCCGCAUCCACAACAACAACAGCAACAACAACCUCUUCCGGUUCCAGCUAGAGACUGCUGGAUCCUCAGCAGCCAGCGGACGAGUUGUUCUCCAGACGACUGGACAACCGAACACGAUCGGCCACCAUCGCCGGCUCCGCUGGAUCCUCAUUGCCAUUGGUCGUCCGUCGCUCACCCAUCCGUCCAGUUGAGAAAUUCCGAGCGGAUGAUGACACCUACCAGGUCGCCUUCCAUCUCCAGUUGUAGCAGCAACAGCCGCCGGAAUUCCAGACAGUUCAGGGACGUCCGCCACCAACAAACAACAACAGCGUCACCACCAAAGUUCAUCCGGCCCAACAUCUCCGGCCAUCCGUCUAGACUGGGACGAUGAUUACCAUCACCAGACAACGCCAACGACCACGACUAAUAGUUCUUCUUGUUCUACCGGUGGGCCGGCUGGCCGGCGCUGGCGCCAGUCCAUGACGAGAGAACAGCAGCGUCUCGAAUCUCAAAUCGCCUUCCUCCGCCGCCAAUUGAAGGAUGUCACCGACGAUUAUUACGACUACGACGCCAGGGGAGGGGGGCCAUCAGCAUCCAGCACCACUUCCGACUCGUCAUCUCACCGUCUGAAAUGAAGGCUAAUUAAACGUUAAUUAAAAACAAAACAAAACAUUUAAAUAAAACGAUAAAACACACAAGACGCUAGUCCCUUUUUAAAUAAUUCCCCCCAAAAAACAAAAAUUUUUGUUUUACGUCACCAAAAAAGAAUUUUAAUUUUUUCCAUUUUUCCUUUUUUUUUUAUUCUCUUUCCCGUCCAUCAUGUCACACAAGUCACUGACUGAAUGAUUAUGAAAAUCAUCAUCGUUUUUUAUAAAUAACAAAUUUUUUUCUUAAUUUUUAAUUUUUUUUUGGUUGAGAGAGUUGGAAGGGGUUGGGAGAGCUGUUAUCGGGAGUCACGCUCAAACAUUCAAACACACAAAUAUAUAGAAAGAAAUCGGGGAAGAGAGAUAGAGUUGAGAAAAACGGUACGAAAAAAUAGAGAAACGGACCGUUUUUCUUUUUACUUUUUUGUGUUUGACACAAUUCUUUUAAUUUUGAGUUUCCGUGUGUGUGCGUGUGGAGAGCUGAAAUUUUUUGACCAUCUUUAUGUAAAUUGACACACCUGGUGGAGGUCGAUAAUUCCAUGAAAUAAAAUAAUAAAACAAAGUGUCAUUAUUUACCUCGAGAGAUAAUAAAAAGAAACCAAAAUUUUAAAAAA